CACUUAGUAAAUCAGUAGAGUCCGAGCUUCGAGCUCUGCUUGGCUUAGCUGCGCUAUAUCGUUUUAACACAGAGUAACAUGCCUUUGUUCUACUUAAUUUUUUUAACAAUCAAAUUCAUAUUUAUAAACUAACGACUCAUCAAAAGUGUGCAAAGUUCAAUUAUAUUUAAACCUUUAAUUUUAAAAGUGAAUUAAAAAUUUUUAAACCUAUAAUUAAAUUAUAUAUUUAUAUAAUUUGCUAAAAAAAUAUUUAAAAAAAGACUACAAUAAAUUAAAGAUAAAGAUGACGAGAUAAAGCAGUAAUAGUAACAAUGAGAAUAAUUUUGAUUAAUUGAAGCGAGGGCAAUCUGAGUGACCCAAAGUGUUGUGUUAAACGAAUUAAUUAGUUUGUGCAGUGUUACUUUAAAAAAAAAAAAAUAAUUACUGUGUAACAUUUAUAAACACGUGCCUAAAACUUUUAUUUUAUUAAAAAAAAAAAGUUAUUUACUCAUCAUUAAAAUUUUUUAACUCGUUUGCUGGCGGUAUAAAUAAAGUACACAUUUUAUUAAGCAUACAAGUGUGUCUAUAUCUAUAAUGUUGAUUUACUACACGUACAUAUUAAACGUGUAGAUGUGUCAUAGCCGCUAGUAGUGAAUUUGUGGUUAAAAUACUUACACAAGGCGUGUGUGUACACAAAAAAAAAUCAACUGGUAUAUAUAGUCGUAAUUAAAUGUAUGACCUUCGUUUAAUGCUUAGAUAUAUAAUUGAUACAAAUUUAUCAAUAGCUAAAAUAUGUAAAAAUAUUUUUAUUAAUAUAGAAGAGAAUAAUUUUUAAAUAAAAGGAGAAUGUAAAGUAGAACAAUAGACAAAGAUGCAUUUCCUGAGUUUGAGUAUUUGUAUUUAUGGAUACGUUGCAUUUACAAGUGCAAGAACUGAAGAAGAUCAAGCAUCAUCACCUGCAGCCAACACUGAGAUGAGACUCGGGAUUCCGCCGCCUGAGAGAUGUUUUUAUCAAGAUGCCUCCGAGUGCCCUAAGAUUGAAAAUCCUGAUGAUUGUCCCUGUAAAAGAAUUCCAAUACUUUCAUCCAGUAAUAAUGAGGAAUACGCUGUGUUUUGUUGUGAUUUACAUAUCAAAACCUUUGAAACUGGUCUUGCUUGUAGCAAUUUCCCGGUUAAUGUAUCAUAUAUUCAUAUAAGAAAUGGUACUUUAGAAGCCUUAAAUGUUAGUGAGGUCAGAUGGAGACGACUCAAAUCACUAGCCAUCACAGACGGUAAAAUAAAUCGUAUCAAAGGUCAAUUUCUUAUGAUGACACCGACUCACUGCUUAAAUCUAUCAAAUAAUGCUCUUACGGAGAUCGAAAAUAAUUCCUUUACAAGAUUAUCUCAAUUAACAAGUUUAGAUUUGUCUUAUAAUAAUAUGACACAUCUGCCGGCAUUAAAUAUUAUGAAUGGUCGAGAAUUUUGGCUUGAUAUCUCUGGAACUAAUACUCUUUGGUGUCAUGAUGUCUCCCAGUACAUAAACAAGACAGGAGAUAAACAGAUUAUUUUUAAUCGUGAAAAUGAGACAGUUUGCUCAGCUAGUAAAACUUGGAGAUGGUUCAAUACUACUGAGCAAGUUCCAUUGGAACAAGUUAGACUAUUAAGUUUGCUUCAAACUGAGUGUCCAAAAGGAAAAACUUGGCAAUGUCAAUGUAGUUUUAUUAGACUCAAUAUUGUACAAGGAGAAAAACCAGUAAUGGCUGUUGAAGUUGAUUGUAGUGGUAAUCAAUUAACUAGACUACCUCAACGUCUUCCACCGAAUACAAUCGCUCUUAAUGUUUCUUAUAAUAAUAUAACGACUCUUGAUGAAAUAAGUGGAAAUUUAUGGUACCAUGAUCUUCAGAAAUUUUAUGCUGAUUACAACAACAUUACUUCGAUUAAUAAAAUUGAAGGAUCGAAAUUUUCUGAUAAUUUUGAGUUUUUAAGUCUCCGCCACAAUAAAAUUAAAUCAGUACCAACGUAUAUUUUAGUACCUAAUGUUCACAAUAAAAAUCAUCUAAGUCAUCGAUACGUCAAACUAGGUGGUAAUAAAUUGCUUUGUAAUUGUAACACAGCAAAGUAUUUAAAACCAUGGCUGCAAACAAAUAUACUUGAUCCUGAUGAGGUUCUUUGCGAAAAUGUUAAGGAAAAAGUUGUUGACUUAGAACCGUCCAAAAUGUGUGUUCAUCCUGGUGAUUGGACCGACUAUAUAUAUUACUUGAUUGCAUUUGAAACAUUAAUGCUAAUAAGUCUUAUUGCUAAAGUGUCUUAUGAUUAUUGGAUUUUCAAAACCGCAGGAUAUUUACCUUGGCCGGCAAAUAAAAUGCCGAAACUACCUUGUGAUUGGUUGUGCGAGGCAUAAAUUAAAAAUAUAUAUGUAUAUA